GCGAUGUUUUCUACAUCCUCUGUAACCUGAAACCUAUCUUUGCAGUGAGCAGAAUGCCGCAAGAUGCGCCGGCAGACACGGCUGGUCCGUCGUCACCACCUCCCCGAAUGCCCGAGGGAUGGCUCCCUCAAUGGGAAGGGGUCCAGCGCAAGUGGUAUUACGUCCAGAGAGCGACCGGUAAAUCACAAUGGGAAAUCCCCACCGAGCCUGUCGUUCUUACGCCAUCAACAACGCCCACGUCGAUCGGUACCGGCCCCUCACAAGCACCACCCUCGCGACCAUCAACAAACAGCCCCCAAGUGACAGGAUUGACAAAUACAUUGGCGGAAAGAAUUGAAGCUGCCGCAGCCGGUGCGAGGACCUCCGUAGGGAAUCGCGCUUAUUAUGUCUGCACAUUCAUUAGCUCCCUAGAUGCCCAGCUCAAUGGACAGCCUGCGGCCACGUCGCUCGGUUAUCCAGGAAAAGCAGGAUGGUACCAAGACCAGACUGGCCAGCACCUUGACCAUACAUACGGCCAACAUGCUUCAUUAACCGAAAUCGGAUUUAAUUCGGGACUGCAUCAUCAUGGAGCUUCCGGGAAUAUGAACAUCGACUCAUCUUCAUAUUACCCCGGUAAUUCGCUUGCCAAUCACGCUGUUGGCCAACAGCCAUUUAUGGGCAACUCCUGGGGCCACAAUUCCAAUCCACUGGCAGGAUACAACCUCCAACAGCAACAUGAUCCCUAUCAAAACUUGGUCAUGGGGGGCUCUCAGCCAUCACAACACAUGGAAGCUUACCCUUCCUCGGUAGCUAUCCCAGAGGGCCAAAUUUCAGGUGUUAGAGCUGAUCAAGCCCCGCCUCAGCCUCAAUGGCGGGUGGAGCAACAAUCUGUUCACCAAAACGCUCCACAAUACACCGUCUCCACAAAUCCUGGCUCCACCAACCCAUCCCGACCAUAUCUUGGCUCAUAUCCAACACCACAAACAAACGGUUGGUCACCUGGAGAAUUCACCUCACGGUCUUCACUCUCAUCCGAACACUCGCAUCCAGGAAGUGAUUACAAUUCGAACCGGUCCACACAACAGGCAGGCCAUUCGAUGUCACGAUCUCAAUCUCACCACAACUCGUUCCACCAGCAAGCCGCUCCAUCCCACAUGCAAUACAGCGGUGCUAAUAUGGCAGGCUCUCGAUCUGGGACGGGAUUCAACUCUAUGGUAUUCCCGCCGGCCCCAGAAACCCAACCUCUCGGCCAUUUCUAUCAAAAUUCUCUCGCUCAGCCCGGCCCCCAUCAAUACAUGCCUCAACAGCAGCAAAGUAACCCCGGGGGCAACAUGCCCGGCGUUGGAUAUCCGCAUCAAUACAUGCAGACUUCCGGUCAAUACAACGAGUGGCCUGGUGCCGAUCUUCACCUAUCAAGAAUUUCGGCGUCGGAUCCGCAAUUUGUCAGUGGUCCAUGGGGAUCGUCGCCACCAACAUCGGGUCCUCCACCCUCGACUUGAUAUGAAUGAUAUGAAUUGCAUGAAUUUUGAGAACUUGGCAGUUAUGAAAUGGUAGUUCUGCUUCAUGUUACAUAUCAC